AUCAUGAAGUCCUGGCAUCUCGUCGGAGUUGCUGUGCUGUGCCUGGCGGCGGCUGUGGAGCCGCGCAGUGUUGACGUAGCUCGGGUGAGGUCACGCUCUCGCCCCGAGCCUCCGGGCUAUCGAACCGUCAGCGUCCAGUCAUCAGCGAGCCGUUCCUCUGCUCCUACUCAGAUUCCUGCUCCCACGCCUUCUGCCGAAACCCUCCUCAAGCCCGGCUUCAAGAUUGUGACUGAACUGCCCAAGCCUAAGCCCGGCUUCUACCUCAACCGACAGUUCAGCUCCGAUGCUCAGGAGACGAGGGCCAAGGCUCUCGCGCCCGACGGCGGGUCCGCGAAGCUCCCUCGCCCCAAGGAGGCCUUCUUCCUCAACCGCCAGUUUCAGCCCGAUUACAAGCCCACGAGGCCCAGGGACCAGCCUGCGAAGGUGAUCGAGGAAAACGGCCGAUACUGGAAGGUCGUUGGGCUUCCGGAGCCAGACGAAUCCUUCUAUCUGAACCGUCAGUUCAGGAAUAACCUCGCGACUCCCAAGAAAGUGUCCUCCGACCCCGUCGCGAAAAAGGAGAUCUUCCUAGUGAAGGAAAGCACCGAAAGCCCUCGCGUGUUCCAGACUCCAUCGCCAGGCACCGUCGAACAGGGCGUGCGCAUCGCCUCCGGCCAGACGACGCCACAGCGGCCGAGGCACAACGCCAGUUUUUACGAAGCCUUCCGUGUGCCUCGUCCCAGCACGGCGCCCCGGGCCUCCAGGCGCCCCUCACCGCCCCAGCCCGCAAAUCCCUCUGCUGUCGGCAUCGCACAAGAGUCAGGCCGUCGGCAGGGAGGCAGGCAGCGAGGGCAACCGCAGCAGACGCCGGCGGUGGAAGCGUCCUCUGGCGCCUCGGGAUCGAGCAGGAGAACUCACCUCGUGACGGCCCAGGCGCGCCCUCAGCGGGACGAGGCGCCGUCCGCGGGCACAGGCUUCAGCUGCCACGGGAAGCCGUACGGCUACUACGCCGACGUCGAGUCCGGCUGCCAGGACUACCACAUCUGCAACCCCGUCAGUUUUGCUGGAAAAUUCGUUCAGUACUAUAAAUACAGCUUCUCGUGCGGGCCCGGAAUGCAGUGGGAUUCCCAGGCGAACUCGUGCGUGCCGGCCGCCCUCGCCGCCCCCUGUGUCUGAGGCAGGCGCGACUGCGGCCCGAGUCUUCCUGUGUUUGUGCUUGUCUGCGUAUUCUCUGCCUUUGUUUGUUCCUGCCAUGAAAACCUUCUGUCGAAAUUUCAAAUUGGAAUAUAUGAAAGCAACAUGAAAAAUUGAUUGCAAAGAUUUUAGUACAUAUCAUUGUCAUAUAUUAAGCAGGUAUCUCCCUUGGUUAUUAAUGUUUCAGUAUUCUCCGACAUACACCAACAUUCACCCCACAAAACACUCCAUCAUCACAGUUACAACUAACAUACAGACAUUCGACACACUGACCUUGCCCGGAUAAAUGCGGGGUGACUUCUCUAAGAAACUUCAAAAUCAUAACAGAAAGUCUAAGACAGUAUCAGAUGUGCAAUGAAUAUUUGAUAUCUGCAGAUAUAUGCUCCAAGUCUGUCUGAGUUCCUCGAAAUAUCAAUAUCUGUAGAAAUGCGUAGAAAAUGUUUAUAAAUUUCUUCCUUGGCAAAUUCGAAACCAUAAGAUACAGACAUUUUUUCCAUAGAUUUUUCGACAAUAUGAUUUUCUGCGGAAAUUUUAACAAAGGCAUAAAAAAAGAUAAAACGAAGCAAUAUUAAUGGGCAGGAAUAAAGCUUGCAAUUAAAAAUGCAUCAUAUCAAUGUUUAAAAAUAAAUCCUAAUAGAAUAUA